AUGGGGAAAUCUAAAAAGAGAUCAAGGGUUUCUAGAAACAGACUAAACCCUUUAAAUAAGGAUGGAAAUAAGACUGAUUUGUCUAAAAAGGAUGCCAGUUUAGUAGCAAGAAAGAUUGAGCCACUAAUUAAACAAUUACAAAGUGCAGUUCCUAAUGAUAGAAAUAUUGCUUUAUCUUCAAUCAGUGUGUUAUGUGAAGAUCCACACAUGAGACAUUUAUUACUGAAGGAAAAAUUGAUUCAAAUCAUUUUAAAUAACCUUUUAAAUGAUAACAAUAUGGAUAUUGUUAUAGAGGCAGUCGGUUUAUUGAGAAAUUUGACUUUAGAAGAAGGCUAUGACCUGGCUAUUCAUUUAUGGAGAAACCAAAUUUGGACUGCCAUUAAAGAUGGCUUAAAUAAGAUUGUUCAAUCAUUGGAUCUGAUGGUUAAAUCUAAGAUGGAGAGUGGGUCUGAAAGGGAAAGAAAGGAUAUAAGCAAGCACACUAAAAGAUUGUUGUUUGAUUAUUCGGACAAUUUAAUCUCUUUGAUAGUCGCAUUAAGUAAUGGGGCAGAUCAAAUUUUGAAUGAAAUCUUACAAGACGAUCAAUUACAUGAAAUACUGUAUACAUUUGUCAAAUUUAUUGAAUAUGGGUUUAAUAAAUUGCCAUGUCAUUUACAAAACACCCUAUUAGAUUUCAUCUAUGAUUUUAGUUCCGAAUCUUUGGACUUCAUCGAUUCUGUGAUGGCAUUUGAACCUAUUGCUAUCCUUUUAAGUUCAUUAGAUAAAUUGGAGAUUAAUAAUGAAUUGACUCAAAUAUUGAUACAAGGUAUAAAAUUACAAUUUUUGGAUGGUGUCAUUGAUGAACAAAUUACAUCCACUAAUUGUAAUGAAAUUGUCAUAAAAGUGAUUAGUUCAAUCAAGCAUAUUAAUCUCGACCAAAUGAAAAAAGGUUUAUAUAGUGAUGUUGUAUUAAGUAACAAUGAUAAUGGUAACAGUGAUGGUACAAUUGAUUCAAAUUUGGUAACAGCUAAUACCCAAAAAUUGAAGGAAUAUACUAAGGCUAAACAAGAGUCAAUGAUGCAACUGCAAGCUAUUGAAGUCGGGAUCGAUGUUAUUACGGGUAUCAUUGAGAUUAUUGCAUCUUCUGACAUUAAGCUAAACCAAGAAUUAACACAAUCUAUCCAUGAAUUAAUCCCACAGUUUUUGUUUGUAUUAUUAAAAGAAUUCCCAGAUAGAGUCUUAAUCGCAUGGAAUAAUUUAUUAUGGUUAUAUGUGACAUUAGACGAACCAAUUGAAUCUGAUAUAUUAAAGCAAUUGUGGAACGAAAUAACUAAUCAAACAGAUACAUUAACACAAGAAGAUAUGAUUAUAAAAAUUGGUAAAAUGAGUGUUAUUUGGGUAAUAUUAAAGUUAUGUGGGAUACUAGGAUACAUUGACUUGUUACAAGAAUGGUUGAUAUGGAAUAAUUUGGGGUUUGUUUCAAAGAUUAAGGAAGAAUACUUACUGAAUGAUGAUAUUGAAUACAGAACAAAGUGUUGUGGUAUAAUGAUUACAAUAGCAUCAUAUCAAGGUCAGUCAAUAGAAAUCAAUAAAUUUGUAUCUGAAUUUUUACUUGAAAAGAUGGUUUCGUUAGAGACUCCCCCAGAACUCUUAAUAGAUAUGAUAUAUGCAAUGUUUGAAAUAUAUGGUGAUCGUGACUACGAUUAUGAUGAAAUAGUGUUUGUUCAAGGUGGAUACUUAGAUAUUUUGAGGGAGAAAGUCCAGCCACAUUUGAGAAAUGUUUUUAAGAUGGUUGAUAAAAACAAGACACCUGAGUUAAAGGAAAGAUGUACAAAGUGUUAUAAUACAUUAGAUAGUUUUCUUCAUUAUAAAGCUAAUGAAAGACGGUGA